AUGGUGUUGGGCCCAAACUCUCUGCUAGAAGUUUUACGAGCUUGCCGAAGGAAGCUAAGCGAGAACCCAAGGGAUAAGAUAUUCGGUGUGCUAGGCAUACUCCCAAACGAUAUACGCGAACGCCUACACGUGAGCUACGACAAAUCCGUCAAGUCACUAUACCUGGAAGUCGCCCAACUCAUCGUCUGUUCCACGCAUCGCCUUGAUGUGAUGCGCGAAGCGAUUCACUUUCCUGUUCAGGUCAGCUUUACUGACUUGCCUACAUGGUGUCCAAAUUGGGCACAGGUUCCAGAAAACUCGGCUCUGUCUUCGAAUACCUUCUCGGCGGCAAGUGACCGCGACGCUGAGUACAAGUUCAAGGACGAAUUCCGGAAGCUUGAGAUUUCUGCCGUCGAAUUGGAUAUUAUCGAUACGACCGGUGUGGCGGUAGGCACUCUGUGCUCGCUACAAGAUUAUCUCAUGGCCUUCCUGAACUGGCGGAUGCUGCUUCUCUCUCAUUUCGACAUUACGGAAGACGAAGAGGCGGAUCAUCCGCGCGUAAAUGAGUUCUGCAAAACGCUCUCAUUAGGUCAGCCACUUGAAGAAUUGGAGCAUUGCUGGACAAGAGCCUGCUAUUAUAUCUUCUCUUCAUGGAUUCAGGAGCGAUUCCCGCGUCUUCAGCUAGACCCCAAGUUCAAGCAACAAGGGGAGUCGGACAACUUGCAACCCCAUGAGCUACGAUCAUUCAUACAACAAUAUUUUGGGGACAGAAUGAUGGGUAGAACCUUUUGCAUCACGAGAGACGGGUUGAUAGGCAUGGGAACGGGUUUCAUGGGCCGCGAAGACAUCGUCAUUGUACCGUUUGGUUGUUCGACACCCAUCAUACUGCGUGCGGAAGGCGAAAGCAAUGAGUAUCGCUACGUUGGCGAUGUAUACAUCCAUGGUUAUAUGCAUGGCGAAGCGCUCGCAAGCGACAAGCCACUGAAGCCAGUCAAGAAGUAUACAUUGCACUGA